ACGCUGACCGUCUCGCAGAGCAUUCCAGCUCCUGGUAAGUGGCCUGUCGACCCCCAACAAGACGUCCCAAUCAGCGACGACCGCGUUUGGGUCGACGGAUGCUUUGAUUUUGCCCACCACGGCCAUGCCGGUGCCAUGCUCCAGGCUCGUCGUCUGGGAACUGAGCUUCUUGUUGGUGUACACUCUGACGAGGCCAUCCUCGAGAACAAGGGGCCUACCGUCAUGACUCUGGACGAACGCUGUGCUGCUGUUGACGCCUGUCGCUGGGCCACCAAGUCCAUCCCUCACGCCCCUUAUGUAACAUCACUACCCUGGAUCUCUCAUUACGGCGCCAAAUACGUCGUUCACGGAGACGACAUCACUUCAGACGCCAAUGGCUACGACUGCUACAGAUUCGUCAAGGAGGCUGGCCGUUUCAAGGUUGUCAAGCGCACUCCUGGUAUAAGCACAACCGACCUCGUUGGACGCAUGUUGCUAUGCACAAAAUCACACUUCAUCAAGGAUCUCGAUGCCCUGCUCGAAGGCCAGGAAGGUCCAGGCGGUGAAGAGGAGAGAAAGAGCACAGGAAACGACAUGAAGGAGAGAAUCAGAGAGUACGCGACAGACGAGUCUGGAAACAAGCCACUCGUCGAGGUCUGGAGUUGGCGUUCUGCCCACUCGAACCAGCAACACUUCCACCAGAAUGGCUCUUUCCUCAAGAAGGUCAAUGGAACGUCGCCACAGCCUGACCAAAAGAUCGUCUAUGUUGACGGUGGCUUCGACCUCUUUUCCACUGGUCACAUCGAAUUCCUCAAGCAAGUUGUCGAGACUGAAGAAAAGGAGGCCAAGCAGAAUGGUUGGAACAAGCACUACAGUCCUGUCUAUGUUGUUGCAGGUGUUCACAGCGAUGAAGCCAUCAACGACUACAAGGGCAUCAACUACCCCAUCAUGAACAUCUUUGAGCGCGCUGACAAGAAUCAACAGUACAUCUCCUCCCUCGUCUUCAUGGCGCCCACCGUCCCCAGCAAAGCCUUCCUCGACUCACUACCCUACUCCGUCCAAGCAGUCUACCACGGCCCCACCAUCUCAGCACCUCCCGGUCAAGACUUUUACACCGACGCAAAAGAAAUGGGCAUUUUCAAGGACAUCUCCUCACACCCAUACUCGCAAGUCAAUGCAGACUCGAUCGUCGCCCGCAUCCUAAAGAGCAGAGAGUUGUACGAGGAACGCCAGCGCGUCAAGGGAGUCAAAGGCAUUGGCGAAGAAGCCGUACGCAGAAGAGAAGAAAUGGAAAGGGAAAAGGCGGAAAAGGAUAAAGCUGCACGUGCAUAG